AUGGAACCGUCGGCCACUCCCGGGGCCCAGCCCGGAGUCCCCACUGGCAGCAGGGAACCCUUCCACCUCCCUCCAGACUACGAGGAUGAGUUCCUCCGCUACCUGUGGCGCGAUUAUCUCUACCCGAAGCAGUAUGAGUGGGUUCUCAUCGCGGCCUACGUGGCUGUGUUCCUCAUAGCCUUGGUGGGCAACACACUGGUCUGCCUGGCUGUGUGGCGGAACCACCACAUGAGGACAGUCACCAACUACUUCAUUGUCAACCUGUCGCUGGCGGAUGUGCUGGUGACUGCCAUCUGCCUGCCUGCCAGCCUGUUAGUGGACAUCACUGAAUCGUGGCUCUUCGGCCAUGCCUUGUGCAAGGUCAUUCCCUACCUACAGGCUGUGUCUGUGUCGGUGGCAGUGCUGACUCUCAGCUUCAUCGCCCUGGACCGCUGGUAUGCCAUCUGCCACCCGUUGAUGUUCAAGAGUACAGCUCGCCGGGCCCGGGGCUCCAUUCUGGGCAUCUGGGCUGUGUCGCUGGCUGUCAUGGUGCCCCAGGCUGCUGUCAUGGAGUGCAGCAGUGUGCUGCCCGAGCUAGCCAACCGCACCCGGCUCUUCUCUGUCUGUGAUGAACACUGGGCAGAUGAACUUUACCCCAAGAUCUACCACAGCUGCUUCUUCAUUGUUACCUACCUGGCCCCACUGGGCCUCAUGGCCAUGGCCUACUUCCAGAUCUUUCGCAAGCUCUGGGGCCGCCAGAUCCCUGGAACCACAUCGGCCUUGGUGCGGAACUGGAAGCGGCCCUCAGAGCAACUGGAAGCUCAGCACCAGGGACUGUGCACAGAGCCCCAACCCCGGGCCCGAGCCUUCCUGGCUGAGGUGAAGCAGAUGCGAGCUCGGAGAAAGACAGCUAAGAUGCUAAUGGUGGUUCUGCUGGUCUUUGCACUCUGCUAUCUGCCCAUCAGUGUCCUCAAUGUUCUGAAGAGAGUGUUUGGGAUGUUCCACCAAGCCAGCGACCGGGAAGCUGUCUAUGCCUGCUUUACCUUCUCCCACUGGCUGGUGUAUGCCAACAGUGCCGCCAACCCCAUCAUCUACAACUUCCUCAGUGGCAAAUUUCGGGAGCAGUUUAAGGCCGCCUUCGCCUGCUGCCUGCCUGGGCUGGGUCCCCGCUCCUCUGCCAGACACAAGUCCGUGUCCUUGCAGAGCCGAUGUUCUGUCUCCAAAGUCUCUGAGCAUGUCGUGCUGACCAGCGUCACCACAGUGCUGUCCUAA